AUUGCAGUAGUAUGCCGCUGACAGACGCAAACAUUCAGGAAACCUAAACGUGGCAGGAAGAAGUGAUAAAGAUGCCAACCAGUGCUCCCAGUAAGAGAAUCAUGCCUGCAACCGGCAGACCUGAAAAUAUCCCAGACUACGAGCCCAACAUCCCUGAGCCCACAUGCAGAGCUGAUCUUCUAAAACACUGGAUCAACCUUUCCCUGGAUGACAAGACAGCCAAUAAGAUGCUGUGGAUCACAGAGGGUGGAUCCAAGGUGUCGCGUAUGACUGAUGAUGUCAUUUGUCCUGUUCUGGACCGGCUAGAGAGAUAUGAGCAUGCCCCUCAGGUUCUUUGCAAAGAAGGCAUCCUGGACUUCCGAGCUUACUGGGAAGUGAAAUACUCAGGAUGGGUGGUCGUUGGAGUAGCCUAUGAAGGGGCGGGAAGGAGGGGAAGCGACGGACCCUGCGGGCUGGGAGAGAAUGAAGAGUCCUGGGGUCUUGGGUGGGGUGGGUCCCACUACCAGUUGUGGUUCAACGGCAUUAACACAGAAAUCUGGGAAAUUCCCCAAUGCACUACCAUCGGGGUAUACCUUGACCAUCCAGCUGGUGUCAUCAAUUUCUAUGCAGUUGAAGAAGUGAAGGAAGGAGAGGCGAGUGAAGGAACAAAGGAGAUCAGGCUGCUGCAGCAGAUUAAGAACUCCUUUAAGGGGAGGAUGUUGGCAGGUUUCUGGGUUGGACAAAAGUCAUCAUGUUCCUUAGUUAAACAAGAGGAGUAAAGUAAAGAGUGUGUCUCCUCCAUUUCCAUUUUCUUACAUUUCCAUUUAAAUUUCAUUUUCAAUACAUAACUAAAACUAAAUAAAAAAUAAACAAAAUAUGUUAAUCUGCAAUGUAUAUUUUGGUAUAAUGCAAAAAGAAAAAGAAAACCAGGACUUUUCAAAAUCUAAAUCUUUGUAUAUAGAACUACGUAUUCAUCAACAAGCUGCUAUUUGUGUUUGUGUUUUCAUUUUGUCAAAACUGAAUGUUAAAUAUUGUUUGGAGGGGUCAUAUAUAUGUAUAUUGUAGCAUUGUGGAUUGUAUAUUCUGGUAUAUUCCAUUAUAUUCUGCAUUUCGUAAAUCAAUAAUAGUAUUUUGUGUGACUUUAUUUAAAUAAAAUACAUUUUAAAGUUUUACUCCCACACACUAAAUAUCAUCAAGUUAAAAGUUGGGAACUAUAGUUAAUCCUUUAGCCACAGAAAAGGAAAAUACCAGCUGUCUUGUACUGUUUUAUUUAACUCUAAAGUUGAUAGUAAGGAUAUAAGAUUAAAUGUAUAGUUGCUUACUUUUUGAGUCAUAGCACUGUAAUUUGUCACUACCUCAUGUUUAAAUUAAAACUGAUUUCAUGGGGUGCCAGCUCUAUCAGGUGAGCUUCCAGGGCGCCCCAUGAAAUAAGUUUUAAUUUAAACAUUAAUUAAGGUAGUGACAAAUUAUGUAUGUACCAAGGCUGAGUCCUUGCUGCAGCACCCUUUGCUGCGUGUCAUCCCCUCUCUCCCCCUUUCUUGUCUUUCUUCAGCUGUCCUAUCUAAUAAAGUGACCUAUCUAAUAAAGCCCCUCCCCACAAAAAAAUUAUUUAAUUUACACUUCACAUUAAACUUGUGUAGUUCAUUGAA